AUGGCACCACAGCUCCAGCCAUAUUUCAAGAAGUGUGACAAGGUCGACGAGUUGGCCGACUCCUUCAUUGAACGUUUACGAAAGGCUGUUGCCAUCCCAUCGGUGUCUGCGGACGAAGAUAAAAGAAAGGAGGUGGUUCGAAUGGGACAGUUUCUGGCCGGCGAGCUCGAAGCAUUAGGCGCAGAGGUCCAACAAAGACCCCUCGGGAAACAACCGGGCAAAGAACACCUUGAUUUACCACCGGUGGUCAUCGCGCGCUAUGGAAAUGACAAGAACAAGCGCACCAUCCUCGUGUACGGGCACUACGACGUUCAACCCGCCCUCAUCGAAGAUGGCUGGGCGACCCAGCCCUUCCAACUGACCAUCGACGAUCAAGGUCGCAUGUACGGCCGCGGCAGCACCGAUGAUAAAGGACCUGUCCUGGGUUGGCUCAACGCCAUUGAAGCGCAUCAAAAGGCGGGUGUCGAGUUCCCCGUCAAUCUCCUCUGCUGCUUCGAAGGGAUGGAAGAGUAUGGCUCGGAAGGUCUCGACGCUUUUAUCCAAGAGGAAGCGAAGAAAUUCUUCAAGGACGCCGACGCCGUCUGCAUCUCCGAUAAUUACUGGCUGGGCACAGAGAAGCCGUGUCUCACGUACGGCCUCCGAGGAUGUAAUUACUACUCCGUUUCGGUCUCGGGACCCGGCCAGGACUUGCACUCGGGGGUCUUUGGCGGAACGGCCCAAGAACCCAUGACGGACCUGAUGGCCGUCCUCAGCAAACUGGUCGACACCAACGGAAAGAUUCUGAUUCCCGGCAUCAACGAGAUGGUCGCGCCACUGACCGAGGAGGAAGAGAGCCUUUAUGGCGGGAUCGCAUUCACCAUGGACAAUCUGUACGAGUCCCUCGGGAGCAAGACGGGCAUUUUCCCCGACAAAGAACGCACGCUCAUGGCACGCUGGCGGUACCCAUCUCUCUCGAUCCACGGCGUCGAGGGCGCCUUUUCUGCCCCCGGGGCCAAAACCGUCAUCCCCGCCAAAGUCAUUGGCAAAUUCUCCAUUCGGACCGUGCCCAACAUGGAAUCCGCCCAAGUCAACGAGCUCGUGUUCAAAUACGUCAAGGACGAAUUCGCCAAGUUGGGCUCCAAGAACACAUUGGACGUCUACUGCCAACACGACGGCAAAUGGUGGGUUGCCAGCCCGAAACACUGGAACUUCACCGCCGCCAGUAAAGCGUGCAAGGAAGUUUUUGGCGUCAAGCCCGAUUUCACGAGGGAAGGAGGCAGUAUCCCCAUCACGAUAACGUUCGAGGAGGCUACCGGCAAGAAUGUGUUGUUGCUACCGAUGGGCAGUUCCACGGAUGCGGCGCACAGUAUCAAUGAGAAACUCGACCGGAGGAAUUACAUUGAGGGAACCAAACUCUUGGGUGCGUAUCUGCAUUAUGUUGCCGAAGAGCCGAUGAAUGAGGCAUGA